AUCUCGUGCUCAAUAACUCCUGUUUUCUACAUUUCAGAUUCCCAAACAUAAGACUACUAGCUUCAUUCUUCUGCAAACUACUUAUCAAUAACAACAGCCCUAACCGUACAAAAGGUCAUAUUGUCUAUCCUAUUACAUCGUUUUUAUAAGGAUGUCUUCAUCUACCAACUCUUUGAUGAAACCGGUGUCUCCAAGGGAUAUCGAGCCUCGUUCUCGUAGUAAAGUGACUGUUAUAGGUGUUGGAAUGGUUGGAAUGGCUGCAGCAUUCUCUACCAUGCAAGUGACAGGAGAACUCGCACUUAUUGAUGUCGUAGCAGAUAAGGUUAAAGGGGAAGUUCUUGAUCUACAGCAUGGUCAACAGUUUAUUGGCAGGUGCAAAAUUGAUGGGGGAACCGACUACAAAUACUCUGCAAAUUCAGAUAUUGUCGUCAUCACUGCUGGUGCCAGACAAAACGAAGGAGAAUCACGACUGAACCUUGUUCAGCGUAAUGUUGAUAUAUUCAAGAAAAUAAUACCGAACGUUGUGAAAUACAGUCCAAACUGCAUCAUAGUCGUCGUAUCGAACCCUGUCGAUAUUCUGACAUAUGUUGCUCGAAGAUUGAGUGGAUUUGAAGCUCAUAGAGUAAUUGGGACCGGAACCAUGCUUGACUCGGCGAGGUUUCGUUUUCUGUUAGGUGAGAAAUUGGGAGUAUCUGCCAAUUCUGUCCAUGGUUAUGUGAUUGGUGAACAUGGUGACUCGAGUGUUGCUGUUUGGAGUAAUGUGAAUGUUGCUGGAGUUCGGCUGUCUUCUCUAAAUCCAAAGAUAGGAUGCAAAGAUGAUCCUGAAAAUUUCGAGGAAAUACACAAGCAAGUUGUCCAGAGUGCCUAUGACAUCAUUCGCUUGAAAGGUUACACCUCAUGGGCGAUCGGGUUGGCAUGUGGAUCACUUUGUAGCGCACUACUAAAUAACCUUCAUACAGUUUAUCCACUCACUGUUCCAGUCAAAGGAAUUCACGGAAUCGAAGAGGAUGUUUAUUUGAGUUUACCAUGUCUUGUAACUUCAGCUGGAAUCAGUCAUUUGAUUCCGCCUGAACUUAGUGCGGAUGAAUUGUGUAAAUUGAGAAAAAGUGCUGCCACUUUGAAUGAAGUGAUACAAAGAAUUAUUUGGUAAAAUUUAAUACAGUUAAAAUAACAGUCUGGUAGCGCAUCAACAUUGCAGUAAUUUCUGUACGUCACUGAUUAUUAUUUUCAUGUUUUACGUUAAGAAAUUUGUUUUCGAAUUACUUAAACAAAACUCUAUGAUGCUUGUUUCAUAACACAUAGCUGAGUGCUUACGUUGACAAUUAAAUAUAAAUUUGUGGUCCACU